AGCGCGCUUUCAGCUUGAUCGCGUCUCUCUCAGAGAAGCGGUGUGUCUGUUGAGGAGCGCUCAUACGCUUCGCUCAUACGCACUUUAAACAGGAUGUAGCGACUAAGACAGACCACAGAAAGAAAAAAAAGGAGCGGGUUAAACUCUGCGAUAUGACAAACACCAGUGAGCCAGAAAUGAUCGCCACAACGGAGGAGAAGAAGACAGAAGGAGUCCCGAUGAGGCAGCUCACCGCCGGCAGGUCUUGACGGCUGCUCCCGCUGACCUGAGACACUAGCACCGCCGCGCUGCUCCUUCAUGCCGCAGCAGCGCUCGGUUUACACACACUGAGAACCAGACAUAGCCCAAAUACUGGUGAAGCUUGAAAGCGAUAAUGGCGAGCCAGGGUGACUGCUGUGUGAAGGUUGCGUUAAGGAUCCGUCCUCAGAUGGCAAAGGAGAAGAUAGAGGGCUGCCAUGUGUGCACCCUGGUCACACCUGGAGAACCUCAAGUCCUCCUGGGGAAAGACAAAGCCUUCACCUAUGACUUUAUGUACGAUAUAGACUCGGAGCAGCAACACAUCUACCAGGCCUGCGUGCACAAGCUCAUCGAGGGCUGCUUCGAGGGCUACAACGCCACCGUGUUUGCUUAUGGUCAGACGGGCUCGGGGAAGACUUACACCAUGGGGACGGGUUUCGACGUGAGUCUGAGCCAGCAGGAGCAGGGCAUCAUCCCGCGGGCUGUUCACCAGCUGUUUGAAGGAAUCCAGAGCAGGAGGCUGCGCGCCCAGGAGACCGGUACCCAGCCACCUGAUUUUAAAGUCAGCGCCCAGUUCCUAGAGCUGUACAACGAAGAGAUCCUGGACUUGUUCGAUGGAAGCAGAGAUCCGGAGAGUCGGAACAGGAAGUCCAACAUUAAGAUCCAUGAGGACGCCAGUGGCAGCAUCUACACUACUGGAGUCACUUCCAGACUGGUACACUCAGAGGAGGAGCUGCUGCAGUGUCUGAAGCUCGGCGCUCUGUCCCGCACCACGGCCAGCACCCAGAUGAAUGCCCAAAGCUCCCGCUCGCACGCCAUCUUCACCAUCCACCUCUGCCAGAUGAGAGUCUGCCAACAGCCGCAAAUGCAGAAUGGAGGAGGGGAGAACGGGGAAGUGAACGGUGUAGACUCCAGCUCCAUCGCCCAGCCGGAGUACGAGGCGCUGAUGGCCAAGUUCCACUUUGUGGACCUGGCCGGCUCUGAGAGGCUGAAACGCACAGGAGCUACAGGAGAGAGGGCCCGUGAGGGGAUCUCCAUUAACUGUGGGCUGCUGGCCCUGGGAAAUGUGAUCAGUGCUUUAGGGGACCAGACCAAGAAGGGAGGACACAUCCCCUACAGAGACUCUAAACUCACCCGACUGCUACAGGACUCAUUGGGAGGCAACAGUCGUACAGUGAUGAUCGCCUGCGUCAGUCCGUCAGACCGGGACUUCAUGGAGACGCUGAACACUCUUAAGUACGCCAACCGCGCCCGAAACAUCAAGAACAAGGUGGUGGUGAACCAAGACAAGACCAGCCAGCAGAUCAGCGCCCUGCGUGCUGAGAUAGCCCGGCUUCAGAUGGAACUGAUGGAGUACAAGACGGGGAAGCGUGUGGCAUGUGAGGAUGGUUCGGAGGGUUACAGCGAUCUGUGCCAGGAGAACGUCAUGCUGCAGAGAGAAAAUGACACGCUGCGGCUCAGGGUAAAGGCCAUGCAGGAGACCAUUGACCACCUCAAUACCCGUGUAACACAUCUGCUGGCCAAUGAGGUCAACACACUGCUCACCAAGUCAAGUGAGGGCAACGAGGAGAUUGGGGCUCUAAUCCAGAACUACAUCCGAGAAGUUGAAGAACUUAGAUCCAAGCUUCUUGAGAGCGAGGCCAUGAAUGAGUCGUUGCGACGGCAGGCGACCCGACUUUCUUCUCGUUCUCCGUUUCCGUCUUCCACCCUCAGCCCCGCACCCGGCCACCCUCCCGGCUCCUCCCCUGCUCCCAUGUCCAUGGAGGCGGAGAUGACGGAUGUGUUACGCCGAGCCAAGCUGGACAUCGAGAGGCUGAAGAAGAAAGAGAGGAGGCAGAGGAGGAUGAGUCCGGAGUUGGAGAAAGGCUCGAAGAAACGAGUGAAACUGCACACCCAUGAGAAUGGAGAGAAUGGGCAGAACGGACAAAACGGAGAGAAUGGAGAGAUCGAUUCAGACGACAAUUAUACUGAGGACAUCAUGUCUCCACUGCAGGAGGAGAGUGGUUGCGAUGAAGAUGAGGGGGAGGACGAGGAGGAAGGGAGGGAGGAGGAUGAGUUUGACAGUGAUGAGAGCCUGGUGGAUUCAGACUCGGACUCUGAUGAGAAAGCCAACUUCCAGGCGGACCUGGCUGACCUGACUUGCGAGAUUGAGAUCAAACAGAAGCUGAUAGACGAGCUGGAGAACAGUCAGCGGAGGCUGCUGAUGCUGAAGCUGCAGUACGAGGAGAAGCUCAUCCUGUUGCAGAACAAGAUCCGAGACACCCAGCUGGAGAGAGACCGCGUGCUGCAGAACCUCAUGUCCAUGGAGAACUACACUGAGGAGAAGGCCAACCGGAUAAAGCAGGAGUAUGAAAAACGUCUCAAGGAGAUGAAUCGCGACCUGCUGAAGCUACAAGCGGCACAGAAGGAGCACGCGCGUCUCCUUAAAAACCAGGGCAGGUACGAACGGGAGCUGAAGAAACUACAGACGGAGGUCAACGAGAUGAAGAAAGCCAAGGUGGCGCUUAUGAAACAGAUGAAGGAGGAGCAGCAGAGGAGGAGGAUGGUUGAGGCUAAGAGGAACCGUGAGAUCGCCCAGCUCAAGAAGGAGCAGAGACGACAAGAGUACCAGAUCCGUGCGCUGGAGUCUCAGAAGCGGCAGCAGGAGCUGGUGCUGCGCAGGAAGACUCAGGAGGUGACCGCCCUGCGGAGGCUGGCCAAGCCCAUGUCAGACCGCGUGGCUGGGCGUGUGGCCCGUUGGAACCAGACCCCCCCGGUUACGGACUCUGGAGCCGAAUUAUCAGCCAGCACUACAGCAAGCAGCUCUGAACCUGAGACUAGCAGGACUGUGAGCGGGCUGGUGCGGCAGUGGAACAACAAAAACAAUGUUUACGGAUACAUGGCAGAGAGCGAGGGGAGCAUGGAUGGUACACGGGUGAUUGGUAGGAAGAAGUUGCAGCGUAAGCCAGUGGGUCUGGGCAAUGUUGCUGCAGCGGGCAGAGCCAGCAGCUUCUCUAAAUCAGCUCGUCAGAAGUGGCAAGCACUCGAGCGUCGCAUUAUGGACAUUGUCAUGCAGAGGAUGACCAUAGCUAAUGUGGAAGCUGACAUGGAUCGCCUCAUCAAGAAGCGAGAGGAGCUGACAGCCCAGCAGGAGGCGCUCUCACAUAAGAGGGAGGUACUAAUGGCGGAGGGGGAGGGACCAGAAGCAGAGGACCGCCUCCUACAGGAAAUCAAUGAGGACAUUGAGGUGCUGAACGCCAAUGUAGACUACAUAAAUGACAGCCUGUCUGACUGCCAGGCCACCAUUGUACAGAUAGAGGAGACUAAGGAUGAGCUGGACUCAGUGGACACCUCAGUGGUGAUCAGCUCCUGCUCCCUGGCAGAAGCCCGCCACCUGCUGGACCACUUUCUGAAGGCCUCCAUAGAAAAGAGCUUACAGGUGGCUCAGAAGGAGGCUCAGAUCAGACUGCUGGAGGGCCAGCUGAGACAGACAGAUGUGAUUGGCUCAUCCCACAAUCACAUCAUCCUUGAUGCCCUGCGAGAAAAGGCAGAAUACAUCCCUGAACUCCAGGCUCUCAUCCAUAACGUGCAGCAGGAAAAUGGUUACGCCAGCACAGACGAGGAGCCUUCUGAGUUUAGCCAAGCCUCUGACAGCAGUGUAUCUCAAAUGAAAGAAUCCAACAGCCAGGAUGAUUUCAAAGUGAAGAUGGAGCCUCGUCUGUCCGCUCAGAUUAAAGCGAUUUCGGCAGAGUAUCUGGGUCCCAUCCUGGACCCCUCAUCAGGCAGCAAGCAGCAGUACAUUACCAAGUCUCUGGCCUCACUGACAGACAUUCAGGAGGAUGGCCUCAGCCUGGCGACAGGGAGCCUUGGGCUCAGCCUCUCCCUGAGAGACACCUACCACAGGGACCGUGCGUCCCGCACCAUCAGCCUGCCCGUCAGGGGACACACCUUUCCCAGGCAGUCUCGGGGUUAUGACACUUCCCCUAUAACAAGGAGGAAAUCUUACGACCGCGCGUACAGGCCCACUGACGGCUAUACUCCCCCCUCCUCCCCUCCUCUGAGGACCAGGAACGACCGCAACGUCUUCUCAAGGCUCACCAGCAACCAAACUCAAGGUUCUGCUCUGGACAAGGGUGUGAUCAAUCCCAUCGGGGGUGUGAAGGGGGGUCGGACAGCGCCCCUUCAGUGUGUGUCUGUAGCCGAGGGCCACUCAAAGCCAGUAUUGUGUGUGGACGCUACGGAUGAGCUGCUGUUCACUGGAUCUAAAGAUCGUACCUGUAAGAUGUGGAACCUGGUGACAGGUCAGGAGAUUGUCACCCUGAAAGGCCACCCCAACAACGUGGUGUCAGUCAAAUACUGUCCCUCCUCCUCUCUGGUCUUCUCUGUCUCUACCUCCUACAUCAAGGUGUGGGACAUCCGCGACGCUGCCAAGUGUGUCCGCACGCUCACUUCAUCGGGGCAGGUGGUUUCAGGUGACGCGUGUGCAGGCACCACCACCCGCACAAUCACCUUUGCACAGGGUGAGUGUCAAAUCAACCAGAUAGCCCUCAAUCCGUCAGGAUCUGUGCUGUACGCUGCUGCUGGAAACACUGUUCGCAUCUGGGACCUCAACAGGAUGCAAGCGAUGGGGAAGCUGACAGGCCAUAUUGGCUCCGUCAUGUGUCUGACAGUGGGACAGUCUCUGCUGGGCAAAGACCAAGUAAUCACUGGCUCCAAAGACCAUUACGUCAAGGUGUUUGACGUGGCUGAAGGAACUCUGGGUAACGUAGGCCCAGCUCAUAACUUUGAGCCACCUCAUUAUGAUGGCAUUGAGUGUUUGGCUGUGCAGGGAGACGUGCUGUUCAGCGGGUCGAGAGACAACGGCAUCAAAAAGUGGGAUCUGGAGCAGCAGGAGCUCACUCAGCAAAUCCCUAAUGCCCAUAAGGACUGGGUGUGCGCUCUGGCGUAUGUCCCGGGCAGACCCAUGCUACUGAGCGGCUGUCGCGGUGGGAUGUUGAAGGUGUGGAAUGUAGACAACUUUACCCCCAUAGGAGAGGUCAGAGGUCAUGAAAGCCCCAUUAACGCCAUAUGUACCAACUCAAGGCAGAUCUUCACUGCGUCCAGUGACUGCAGGGUGAAGUUGUGGAGCUACGUCCCUGGCUUGACCCCGUGUCUUCCUCGUCGGGUCCUGGCCAUCAAGGGCCGAGCCACCAGCCUCCCAUGAUUGCCUCUGCUCCGCUCACAAACCCUCCCUUCCUCUGCGACAAGACAGUGAAGAUCUGGCUGUCAAAGGUGUGGAGGAAGAGGUGACAACAGAAGUGACAGUGGUUCCUCUGUCAGACAUCUUGCUGCAACUUCAGCCACUGAUCUAUGACCUCCUCACUUCUAGCACUGAGAUGUGACACUGAAAUCACAGUUUCCAAGGCAAUCAAGGUGUUUUUUUCUUUGUCACGGUGAAAAAUGACAAAGCCGUAUUCAAAGGCAAAAAACUAUUUGCCUUUCAGAUUUUCUUUUUUACUGCCAAUUUGAAAGUGCCAUUUAGGUGUGAUGCUUGGACAAGAUAAACCGCAUCUUCCAGGCCGUUGCAUACAUCGGCAGAACAAUUUCCUUCCUGACAACGAAACAUACCACAGUCUGGUAUUAAAAGAACAAGAAAAAAAGUGUCCUUCUGUUCUUUCACCAAGGUUUCUGUGUGGAAAGCAGAAUCCUUGCGGAACAUUGAGAGAUUCAUUUGAGACGUGUCGUCUGAAAGUCACAAGAUUUUAACUCCAGGGGGAUGCUAACUAACAACUGAGACCUCUGUUUCUCCCUUCAAGAUUGUUAGUCUUUAUAUGUUUGUGGCUGUUCUGACACUGAACACAUUAGAGCUCGCGGUGGAUGAUCAUUGGACGCUUGGUGAUCUGAAGUCAGUCAUCACUGGAAUAUUACAUAAAACACCAACACUUGAUUAUCUGUUUUUUACUCCAGAUUGGCUCCCUUUUUGUUUAAAUCUCUCUGUAUAUCACUGAAACUUUAUUGCUGAUCAACAGGUCUUGUUUAAUUUUUUUUGUUAAUUUAUUAUUUUCCCUACCUCAGUUGUUUUGGACUUUGGUGUGAGGUGGGAGGGAACAUUUUUUUUACGGGUUUCUGUGUUCAAAAACCUGGUGUUUGAUGUUUUAAAGUCUUAAUUUAAUGCCUGGCUCUUCAUCUCCGUGUGGAUGUGUCCUCUGUGGCCCUCUGGCUAUCACACUGUCUAGCUGCUGACCUUGCAAACAGGAAAGCGCACGUCCAGUAGCACAACUUUGGUAGCGCUGGCCCUGGAGGAUCUGACUGGAUUGGAUUACUUGCUCUGUAAAGUUCUAACUACGGCAAAAAUAAGAAACAGCCCCUGUAGAUGCACAUGCCUGCGUUGUGCACACAUAAUCAGUACAUUCCUUUCAGUACAGUGCACACUCCAGUCAGAUACUCCAUUAAGGCCAAAGUGCCAGAUCAUUAUCUCUAUCAUCCUAGAGGAUGUGUCCCAUACCUGCCAUUUAUCCCCCACGCAAAUGCUAAUAGGAGCCUGCCUGCUUUCUGCUCCACUCUGAUCUUUAAGGUUAGCGACGGUGUCAGACUGACCAGCCUUACUGAAGGGUCCACCUCCUUCCCAGCUACUGAACUUCUCUGGGAAACCACUUUAAUUAGAGUUCUUGCAGCUCUACCAGCUGCUUUCCAGGCAAGAUUACUUGGGUGAAAGUAGGUCAUAACUGAGAAGGAUUUCUUAUUAAAAUCCCAAUUUUCUUCCACCCACUAUUUGCUGCUACACUUAAAGACAGGAAGAAACUUCCUGUGCCUGUGCACUGAUGUACAAAUCUGUUUAUGUGGCAGAUUAUGUGUGGGCAACACACACAUAUGCACAAACUGUGGAAACACACACACAAACACAAGAUUUCAGCGGAUGUUUCGGUUAUCCGUCUUGCCUGAUAGGUCUUGGCAUCCCUCACUGAGUUGAUGUAGAGUCUCUUUAAUGAAACAAAUUUGGCACUCCACUGACAUACACCCACCAUUUCCUUGUCUGACGCUUCUGAAUAUGGAGAAUAGCAAGCAUUCACAUCACUUUCAGCUCACGAAUUCUGACUUUUUUUUUUUUUUAUUAAGUAUCGCUCCAAAAUGACAAGCAGUAUUUAAAAGCUUCUAAUCACACAGAUGUUUUACCACAUGGUUAACACCCCAGUCAUACCUGGGUAUCACAGUUUUCUUCAGCUCUGAAAUCUCACCCCUUCUGUUGAAGUGGUGAUUGAGUGCACUUUUCCUCGUAUGUAAUUUAAUUAAAUGAUUCCAGGAUCACAAAACACCAUUCAUAGGUGAUUAAGUUUCAACAUACUUUCUGCAAUUUCUCCUCUGAGAAGUGAGUAUGGGCUGCUGAUGGUUGAUGAAGCUGCUAACACUCUGCAAAAGCAAUGAUGUGCAGCACCAGUCAAAAGUUUGGACACACUUUCACAUUCAAGAGAACGUUAAGGUGUGUCCAAACUUUUGACUGGUGCUGUGAGUUUUGGUUUCAUAUCGGGGGUUAUGAAUGCAAAUGUGUGGAUGAAGGUGAUUUACUGAAGUGUUCUUGGUUUUAAUACUUUGCUAUGCUUAGAAACUCAGGUAAAGGUUGAAGGAUCAUUUUAGUCAUAUGUUACUCAUUACUUGACCCUUUGAAUUUAAGUAGCUCUUUGAAUAGACCAAAUGCCUUGUUUGAGAGUUUUUUUUUUACUUUGAGGAAAAAAGGUACUAUUAAUGUAUCACCCCUUUUUUAUAAAAUACUUAUUCCCAUGUUUUGCUUUUACAUUUCAUUCCUUUCACUUACUUUUACUAUACUGUAUGUACUGUGCUUUUCUGUACGAAACGUACACAUCUUAAAUUACAUCUUCCCAAUCUGGCCAAAGCUGAAAGUUUUGCAACUCUAAGAGGAUGUGCACUGAUUUUUGACCAUUACUUGUUCAAAAUGUGUAUAAAAUAUGUUUUUUGUAUAUAAUUUUGCUUAUAAAACUGGAGUGAGCGGUACAAAAUGUGGUCAGUGGGGUAAUUAACCUGCAUAACAUAAUAGGUUGUAUACCUUGACCUCAAAUCACACUCCACUGUGCCCUUCACUGUACACUAUGUAUUUAUCUGUGCCAAUUAGCCAAACUGACCCUGUUCACCAACUCUGUGCUGUGUUUCAUGUGAUAACAAAUGCUAAGACAGCCUUUUCUCUUUUCUUCCAUUUCUCCAGAGUCCUGCUUAUUGCUAGAGAAGAUCUUGUAGUACUGUAGCUUUAGGCACUCUCUGAGGUGCCCUGUGCUUGUACAUUUGCUGAAGGUUGUGUGAUGUUAGUGGUGCUGAUUGGCUGAUUGGACAUCCGUAAACGUAGCAGUUCAGUGGGCAAUUUGUCCUUCUGUUGUCAGUCUCAAUGCUCAACAUCUGAGUGGAUUUGCUAUCAAAAUCGCAGAGGGAUUCGGCUAUUUGUUGAGAUUCUGACGUGUUGACAGUUGAAUGAAUUAUGCAUACAGAAAUGUUGAGCGUGCUUUGCAAAAGAUGCUUCGCUGGAAGAUUUUGUAUUGCCAAACAGAAGCCCUAAAUUAUUAUCUGGCAUUGAUUAGCCCCAACCAAAGUUGCCUCAAGUUCUGAGGCUUGUACUUCUGCCAAUGUCAGUACCACUUCAUUACUUGAUGAUGUGUAAAUAGAUGUGUUAUACCUUUUUUUAAUAUGACUGAGGUUAACUGACUUUUUUUGUCAUCAGCUGGCCUCAGUAUAAUCUCUGCAAGUUAGGAUUUACAUGCACUUUGGAUGAUGAACACUGCUGUGAAUACUCAAGAUAUACAGUAUAUUAAGCCUAGUUUUAGACUUAGUUUACAAAGAGUUGACAAUGAGUCCCAAACAAGGCUUAAACAACUGAAAUUGUACUGAAAAGAAAAAUCUGCAGUAGGUUUAGUAAUCAAUGAUAUUGUUUGUGCUGAUAUAGUAUGUAAGAUAACAAGAAUCAAGACAUAGACAGACAGUCCCCAGUAUGUCCCUGCUUUUAAAAUGCUUGUUUUUAUCGCAAGUGUUGCAAUGAAUGAGAAUUUUAACUUUGACAGAGCAGCAUGGAAAUCUUUUUAGAUGGUCAGGAGAGCCUAACUCCAUCCUUAUUUCCCUGGCUGUCCACUGGCAUUCAGGCAUUUUUCUUAUUACUGACCACAAACUGGUCAUAUUGCUCCAAGAAAGAAUCUGAGACACAGGAUGACAUUUUCUAACAUUAAUCAAAUUCUUUUGCAACAAUCAACAAGGGGAAAUAACCCACCUGAUGAAAUGCUUAUUUGGAAAGGGAUAUUACCGCACUAAAUUAGCAUGUAGAAAGUAUUGUUCAAUCAAUUCCCCUCUCAGAUUCUGGCAACCUACUCGCCGUACUAGCUGGUGCCAUUGUUCUGUAGCCAAACAUGUAAAAAUAAUCUAUUGUAGGUAUCCCCCCAGUAGCAUCUGCUUUAAAUUAGAAAGCUGUUUGACCAAAGCUAAAUAUCACUUAGCUAAUACCUUGCCAUGUCUUUAAAGCCCCUAUAUGUAUAAACUUUCUGACUUUGGUGCCCCCCAGUGGUAGUUUAAAAAAAGACACUGCGGCAAACAACAACAGAUGACUCUACGCCUACAGAAAAAACUUGAAAAAACAUUUUUAAGAAAACUUAAAAUUCAACCCAUAGUGGCUUUAACUACUCCAUCUGGUAUUCGAUAUCGGACCACAGAACAGAUUGGAGACUCAAGCUGCCAGUCAUACUGAUGUGUGAUUACCAGCUGUAGCACUAUCCCACCCAGCCAAGCCUCGACCAUCUUAUGACUACUAGGAAAUGAAACCUUAUAGUCAGCAUCUCAGCUCCAGCCUUGUGCCUCAGCCAACAGGCCUUACUGCCUUAUAGAAACAGAAUGUGUAUGUAGGACAGUAAUAAUAAUUCACUUAAUAUCCUGAACUUGUAACAGGAGUAUCUUGAGGAUUGUGGAUCGUCUUGCAGAUUGUGGAAUUCUGUUUUAAGUCAGAAAAUGUCUUUUCUCACUUUAUCCUUAUGGCUGGAAAGACUUUCAUCUUUGCCUCAGGCUGCUGAAGGGAUGGGAUCGCAUUUAGACACAAUCAAGAGGGCUGUGUACUGCUCCGCUGCUGCUCGGCAGUGAAUCACUAUCACACAUCAACACAUGUCUUCUCUGCAGCUGCUGAAGUAGUUUUUUUUCCCAGGUGCAUGUGUUGUGAGAGCAAGCUCACAUAUGGUAACACAAUAUGUGGCAGUGUCUGUGAAAUACGUACACAUGGGACAUAGAUGCAGGGUCAAAGGUCAUUUGUGCCUUUUAUUGCACAGACUACUCCCUCUUAAAUGAGUGUAAAUGUGUGUACAGUUUUUUAUAUGACAAUAUGCAUGUGACCAAGCCAUGUAUUAUAUCUUCUGACUGUAAAUAAUGUAAGUAAAUAUUUAAUGAAGGAUCCAAUUUUCCCUCAAGAAAAUAAAUAUGUUAAAAACAA